UGAUAACAAUGCUUUCGAUCUAAAAGUGUGCAACAAAAAAACCUACAAAAUCGAUUCCAUUUUGAACUAUUUGAGAAACAAAUUCAAGGUGUUAUACGUACCAGAUAAGGAAAUAUCUGUAGAUGAGUCUCUUUUGCUAUGGAAAGGAAGACUGUCUUGGAAACAGUACAUUCCAUCGAAAAGAAGUCGAUUUGGUGUUAAAUUGUAUAAGAUAUGUGAAAGUAAAUCCGGAUACAUAAGUGAUUUCAUUAUAUAUACAGGUAAAGACACGCAGUAUGGUUCGAACUAUCCAGAAGAACAGGGACCAAAUCGUAUUGUUCUUGAAUUGUGCCACGAUUUGUUGGAUAAGGGAUAUACGCUAUAUCUCGAUAAUUGGUAUACUAGUACUGAUCUAGCUGAGAAGAUGUGCAGAAGAAAAACCGAUGUUGUAGGAACAAUGCGAAAAAAUAGAAAGGGAAUACCAUCUGAUAUCAAAAAUUGUGUUUUGAAAAAAGAUGAACAUAUUGCUAGGUACAGAGACAAAAUAAUGAUUAUGAAGUGGAAAGACAAAAAGGAUGUAAUUAUAUUGAGUACUAUCCACGACAAUAAAUUUGUAGAAAUAGAAAACGAAGGAAAACGAUAUGAAAACCGGAAGUUAUCGCUGACUACAACAAAAGUAUGGGAGGAGUUGAUCUUGCUGACGGACAAAUGA